CGAAAAUGGUGCAAAGCUGUUAAAAUAAACUACCGGUACCAUUACAGCAUUACGCCAAGUAGGCUACCAUAUUCAGAUAUUGGUACCGUAUACCAGGUAUCGUUGCUAACAUGAACUUGUUCACUACCGUACUAGUGAGGUGGAAAUAUCAAGUUAUACUUUAAAGUUCUUAAACCACAUUUUUGCUGUAAAGUUUUCAAAAAUGUCAUUUUACAAAUUAGAACUUGGUCGAGAUAUCUCAUUCUCGAAAAUUGCGUUGCUGAAAACGCUCGUCUGGUCGUUGGUUCAGAGUGCUUUUUGGCUUGUUUGUCAGUAGUUUGCUACAAAUCCUGAAAUCAGCAUAAGUUUCUGUCGAUGUUUCUUCCUCAAUGUGCUUGUUUUGGUAGUCUACAGUUCCUAUAAAAGUGUAAUACUAGUUUUGUGUAAGUGUCAUCUUAAAAAUAUGUUGAGAGUUUUGAGGUCUCAGUUGGUGCCCCAGACUCGUGUUCACGGAUUGUAUUUUGUUGCGGCAACUACUAAUGGUAGCCACCAGAGUACUGGGUGCAGACGAUUUUCAAAUGGGCCCCAAAGAAAUCCCAAAAAGACCAUUUCUGAAAAGUUUAAUAAACUGGUUUUGACAAGUCUAAAACGAUGGCCAUUUCUGAAAAACUAUUAUGAACAAAUGUUGAAAGGUUUCAAUAGACAAGUUUCUGAUUUCAAAACAUGGAGGUCGGUUUCCAAGAAAAGAAAACUUCAGCCGAAUUACAAAACAACAUAUCAGGAACAUAAAGCUGUGUUUGAUGUCAAAGGCAGUCUUCUGAAAACAUCAUUUCUAUUGCCUUUAUUUCUACUGCCAAUGGGAAUCGUUAUUGUUUUUAUUCCUGUCGCCCUAUUUCCUCAACAUCUUUUACCACAUUGUUACUGGAGUAAAAAGCAGCGGAAAAUUUUUUUCACUGAUAUGCAUAUGAAUAGAAAAAUUCACCAUGGAAUCGUACUACAUCAUCUGAACUUCAUUAAAGAUAAUCAUCCUAGCGCAGCAUUUCAGAGAGCUUAA